AUGCAUUUCACUUUCACUUUCACUUCACAUGACAAAUAGAUUUCAGUCUUCACAGUUCAUAUUAUUCAACAUUUUAUUUAUUUUCUGUAUAUCAUUCAAAAUUUUCAGUGUCAGUGUCAGCUCUAGACUUUUUAAACAUGAGUCUAGAAUUCAAAGUUUUUACAUUAAAUUGCUGGGCAAUUCCUAUACCCACUCUGUCUAAAAACAGAAAACGGCGAUUAAAAGCGAUUGCAGAACAUAUAUCAAAUAGUCAUUAUGAUGUUGUAUGCCUUCAAGAAAUAUGGAGUGAUCAGGACUAUUAUUCAAUAAAGGAUGAGGUGGCUGGAGUUCUCCCAUAUUCUCAUUAUUUUUACAGUGGUGUCACUGGUUCUGGAGUUUGUAUAUAUUCCAAACAUGUAAUUGAAGAUACCUUCUUUCAUCAGUAUUCAUUAAAUGGUUAUAUUCACAAGUUACAACAUGGUGACUGGUUUGGUGGAAAGGGAAUUGGACUGUGUAAACUAUCAGUUAGUGGUUUUAGUGUAAAUAUUUAUUCUGCUCAUUUACAUGCUGAAUAUAAUCGCAAUAAUGAUGAAUAUGAAGCUCAUAGAAUUUUACAGGCAUAUGAUGUUGCUCAGUUUAUUAAGCUCACUUCCCAAGGUGUUGAUUUAACAGUAUUAGCAGGUGAUUUGAACACCCUACCUGGUGAUAUUGCCUAUAGGUUAAUAUUAAUCAUACCUGGUCUAGUAGACUCCUUCGAGUAUGCAAAUGUACCGAAAGAUCACAUAGCAACAUGUGAAAGUCUAAGAAAUACUUAUACGCCUAGCAGUUAUGUAAAGCAGAAGAUUCCGGGACAGCGGAUAGACUUUAUUAUGUACCAUCCAGGCUCAAAACUUCAGGUAGAAAUGAGAAACUAUAGACUGCCCCUGCCAGACCGUGUUCCUCAAUGUACUUUUAGUUAUUCGGACCACGAAGCCGUGGAAGUGACUUUAGAGAUAAGUAAAAAGGCGGCUAUGACCUACUGUAGGAACGAACAUGACUUGCAGAACAUCUUACAUGAAUCUAUUUUAAUUUUAGACCGUGGUCUAGCUAGUAUAUAUACACAUAAAAUUCUCUACUCCGUUUUAGGGAUCAUACUGUUCUGUUCACUGAUAGUCACUUUUACAUUUGACGUUCCUAUAGGUUUUAUAGUACUGUACAAUAUUCUGAAGGUUUUAAUUGGACUUGGAUGGGCAUUUUGUCUUCUAAUGGCCACUGUUUGGAAUAAAAUAGAGAGACAUGGAGUGCUUGCUGGAAAAUCGGCUAUAGAAAAACACCUUAAAAAACCGACAUCGUGACAUACUUGUUAUAAUCGUUGGUAGGGUAGACAUAAAUAUGAAAAGAACCAAUUAUUGUUACCAUCGUACACCAAAUAUAUGUAUUUGCAUAUCAACCAUUUUAAUUUAUUUGAUCAGUUGUAUAUAAAAUAUUUGAAUGUAGCAUGGGAGUGAAAUAUUACUUUUUACUAAGAGACUUGUUUUUGCCUACGGCAUUGACAUUGAAUAGUGAGCGCGUAAAGUUUGGAAACAUAUAUAUCUGUGACACCCCAUAUGAUAUAGUAACAAAAUGUUGGUUAUAUAUUUUAGAUGGACCAGCGAUUUAAAAUUUUAUAUUUUGGACGUUGCCAAAUGUAGUUUCAGAUAUAUUAUGAGCCGUUGAAAACCAGAGUGGUCUAAGUCAAGAAUUUUAUUUUAAGGUCACUUUAGAAGACCAAAAAUAAUCAUGCUUUUCAAGAAUUUUUUUCUCAGAACCUUUAAUAAAAAUGAACAUAAAACUGUUUACAUAUUAAUAUCUAACUCUAGAGAGUACAAAAAAUAUAUCUUUUUUCAUUUAUGCACGUACACUAAUAUUGUAGAGGGCGCAAAAGUCGAGGCCUCGAAAAAUGAUGGCGGACAGUUAAUCUCGGGAUUGGGAUAUCUGAAACAUAAAAAUCGUACUGCAUUUAAAAAGGGAAGGUUUCUUACGUGACAAUUUACCACAAUUUGACCAAAAAAUAAGAAAUAAAUAUUUUUUAACCAUGAAAAACUGAAGAAAAACGGGCGAAUUUUUCACAAAAGUUUUUCAAAUUUCCGUAAAAUCUUUUUUUUUUGUAGAAUUUUUUACUAAUGGUGGUAAAUUGUCACGUAAGAAACCUUCCUUUUUCAAAUGCCGUACAAUUUUUAUGUUUCUGAUAUUCCAAUCCUGAGAUUAACCGUCCGCCAUCGGAACUACUUUUUUUCGAGGCGUCUACUUAGGCGCCCUCUACAAUAUUAGUGUACAUGCAUAAAUGAAAAAAGAUAUAAAAAAAGGGUUGUUUUUUGAAAAAAGAUAUAUUUUUUGUAUUCUCUAAGAGUUAUAUAUUAAUAUGUAAAAAGUUUUUUUAUUCAUUUUUAAUAAAGGUUCUGAGAAAAAAAUCUUGAAAAAAUGCUUAUUUUUGGUUUUCUAAAGUGUACUAGUACCUUAAGCGCUAUCUUGGUAUAUUAUUAUUUUUUCAGGUUUAGCCAUGCGGCUCACACUCCCUCUAAGGGGAAAAUUGACUCAUCCCAGAUACCUAGGGCAUCAAAAGGAUUGAGCUCUGGUGGGACUAUUUCCAUGUUAUCGAGCCCUAGGUGACUUGGAAUGCAGGUGUGUCUCCCAAAAAUUUUCGUACACUUCUGGCCGUCGCGAGUAGUACAGCUUUCUGCAUGGUCUUGUAAAGAUGUUCAUUUAGACCCAGCUUUUCUAUGAGGUUCUUCGGAAUGACUCCAGUAGUAGAAAGAACAAUAGGCAUUGUCUGGGUAUUUUCCAUUCUCCAUUUAUUGUUAGGUAUCGCCCCACAUCUAUUAAUGUUGUUUGCCUAGUAAGUUUACUAAGUAGUAUGAGAUCCGGUCUAUUAUGUGCCACUCGUUGGUCUGUGAGCACAGUCCGAUCCCAGUAUAGCUUGUAGUUGUCGUUUUCAAUUAUUUAUUUGAUUCAAUUUUUAUUUUUAUAUAAUAUAUUAUUAUUAUACAGUAUGUCCCUGUAAGUUGUAUCCGUAUGGAAAACUUUUUUAUUAUUAAUUUUACGAAAAAGUUAUUCUUCAUAAAAAGCUCUGCAUGGUCCAAAACCUAAUUUUAAUUUAUUCAUCAAAUAUCAAAUUUUUUGAAUAUUAUACGAGGUAUGUCAAAAAGUUUGAAUUUCACUCAAGAGUAAAGUAGCUUUAUUUUUCACAAUCUUGAAAAUUGCUAUUAUGAAAAGUUGUUUGGAAUUAAUUACUAUAUUCUAGUAUGCAAUCACAUCUUUCUAAUUGAAAAAAAUUGUUUUUGAAAAAUUAUGGAUAACUAACAUUAUUUUCAGUUAUUUCAAUUCAGAUAACUCUUUUUUUAUUAAUUUUACGAAAAAAAGUGAUUCUUAAUAAAAAGUUCUGCAUUGCCUAAAACCUAAAAUACAACAAUAUUAUGUCAAAUUUUACUAAUUUUAUGCAAGGUAUGUCAAAAAAUAUGAAUUUAGCUCAAGAGUAAAAUACGUUUAUUUUUCACAAGAUCGAAAAUUGUUAUUAGGAAAAGUUAUUUAGAAUUAAAAACUAUAUUUCAGUAUGUAAUUACAUCCUUCUAAUUGAAAUAUUCUGAACUAUAAAGGUACUUUACUUUUGAUCUAAAUUUAUUUUUUUUACAUACCUCGUAUAUAAUUGAUAAAAUUUGAUAUAAGAUGGUUGUAUUUUAGGUUUUACACCAUUCAGAACUUUUUAUUAAGAAUCACUUUUUUUCUUAAAAUUAAUAAUAAAAGAGUUAUCAGAAUUGAGAUGACUGAAAAUAAUGUUAGUUAUCCAUAAUUUUUCAAUUUUUUUUUCAAUUAGAGGGAUGUAAUUGCAUAUUAGAAUAUAGUUUUUAAUUCCAAACAACUUUUUAUAAUAGCAAUUUUCAAUAUUGUGAAAAAUAAAGCUACUUUACUCUUGAGUGAAAUUCAAACUUUUUGACAUACCUCGUAUAACAUUCAUAAAAUUUGAUAUCUGCUGGUUGAAUCUUGGGUUUUGGACCAUGCAGAACUUUUUAUAAAGAAUAACUUUUUUUCGUAAAAUUAAUAAUAAAAAGGUUUUCCAUAUUAUGGAUACAACUUACAGGGACAUACUGUAUAAUAUUGACAUAUUUAUAUUACAGUAGCUUCAUGUGGGAGUGGGUGAUGCACUAAUAUUUUUCAAAUUUUUUAGCAAAGUGGAACACUGUCAAAUAGAAUAAAAUUCUUGACGUAAACAUAAAAUGAAAUUCUUGACUUAGACCACUCUGGUUUUCAACAGCUCAUAUGGAUAAUGUGCGUAUUUUUGAAAUAUAUAUACGGGUGGGCCGUAUAAUACGGUCUUAUAUACUUUACAAUCUUUUAUUACAGUUUUUUAUUGCCUAUGCAACAUAGUAUUGUAUUUUAGUUUGAUUUUUUAUCGCUGUCAACACUAUUUUCAAAAACUAUCAUAACGUAUCUACUGACAGUAAAUCACGGCGUACUUGCUGGCAAUAAAACCUACUUCUUCUUCUUUUUGUAUAGACAAGACUGUCUGUUUUUUCAAUAUGCCUCUAGUAAGUUGACGUUCCAUCGAUUUCGUGGUCUUCCCACUGCUCGUCUUCCUAUUUAGGAACCAUCUCUCGUUGUCCUGACUACCCUAUUUGUUGUCAUUCGCCUUAUGUGGUUAUUCCAUUCUAUUCUUCUGCUUCUUAUCCAGUUAUUAAUGUUAUCCACCUUACAUCUCCGUCUUAUAUCUGUACUUCUAGCUCUGUCCCAUAGAGUCUUACCAUCGAUUUUUCGAAGGGUUUUUAUCUCCGCUGUUUCGAGCCAUCUUUUUGUCCUCUCUGUGUCGGGUCGUGUUUCUGCCGCGUAUGUCACCUACUUGAAAACCUACUUGAUUCAACGAAAUGAAACCGAUACUCAUACAAAAACAGAAUGGACUUUUUUAAACUUUAACAAAUACCAAAUGGUCCAUUUCUGCAUAUUAAUAGUCAAUAUUGGCCAUUAACAGGAUAUAUGCUGCAUCGACAAUAAAAAACAAAAGAUUGUAGAAUAUAUGGGUGGUCCUAUUUAAAAAUACACAUAUUAUCCUUAUAUCUCAGAAACUGUACAUUUGUCAACGUCGAAAGUAUAUAAUAAUAAAUCGCUGGUCCGUCUAAUAUAGGCACAUUUUCCAACAUUAUCCAACAUUUUGUUAUUUUAUCAUACGGGGUAUCACAUAUCUUUAUUAUGUAUAUACUUUACGCGCGCAUUGUAUAAAAUAAUUGUUUUGUAUCAUUGUUACUGAACAUACUAUGUACAUACGAAUGUAUGAAUAAAGCAAAAAAACUUGUUUUAAUUUGUAAAAUUAUCUACACUUAAGAAAAUAAACAAAUAAUUUGCUAGUAGUUUAUUAGAAAAAACGGCGACAUUUAAAUGGAUACAUGUGGCAACACAUACAGUUUGAAUGAAGAGGUAAUGACAGUUUUCAAAAACAAAUUUGUUGUAACAUUAUUCGUUUCUAAACUAGUCAAAAUAUAAGCAGCCUUAACUUUUUAGAAAGAUUUGAGACGUUAAUACUUAAAGUAUAUACUAUUUUAAUACAACUUUUUAAUCAAACCUAGAAUGUUCACAGACAUGGCUUUGUACUUAGUGUUUAAUACUGGUCUCAAAAUAGCUUUAUCGGCAAUCUGUAAUUAUCGAAAUUUAUACAUGCAUAAUAUCAGGUUAAAUUGAAGAUAGGUGAAGUCUUCUUAAUCCACAUAAAUCAAAAACGCUAUGGAGGCAUUAAAUCUCCCUAAAUGCUUGUCAUGUGGAAGUCCCGUGUUAAAAUUUGUCAGUUGCGUCUACAGCUUCUAGCAAAUGGUCGUCUUUUGAUGACAAUAUGGUUGCUUUUGAUUGUGUUUUGACUUAACUGAAAAGAAAUAAAGUUGGUAUACCGUCUCUUAAUCACGAAACAAUAAUUUAUGGAGAAUAUAAUCAGCUUUUUCAAAAUAAAAAAAGAAUAAUCAAAAAAGAGAAAUAUCGUUCUCCCUCUUGUCCCAAAUAGGGUGUCUUUCAAAAAUGACAGCAAUAAGUGCCUCCUUAUUCACGGUACAAUCACUAAACCAGCGUGACAAAAAGAGAAAUAAGUUAUAUUCUCAUUCCGGUAAAAGCGAGAAUGCUGGUUAAAGCGAGUUGCUCUCGCCAACCUAGUUUAACUAUGUACAUUCUCAUUUAAAAACGUGCUUUCUUUUUGAAAACGUAUAAAAGCGAGUUGGCGCGAAGCUGCUUUCACUGUGUUCGUAUAAAAGCGAGUCGGUAAGGGGAAAUCUGCUUCCACUGUGUUCGUACAUUUUGAUCGAUACUUAAGCUGCACGCCGUCGUAAAUAAUAAAUUUCGUAACUCAGCGAAUUUGUCUGGUGAUAAAUCAAUAUUUAGCCGCUCUACACUCCAACAUGUGUUUAGGACUUACAAAUAGAAAAUAAGUUGUCACGAUAAACCACCAUAGAAAAUUGAAAUACUAUAUCAAUAAACUAUGAUAUUGUUCUUCCACUCUAACUUUUCCCAUGCAUCACGAUUCAUUUUCAAACAAGUUAAAUCAACAAAUAAAGUGAAACGUACGUCGAUGUGCAGUAUUGAUACGUACUGUCAGAGUGUCAUUGGUAAUAAUUAGGACAUGGCUAUUAUUCCGUGAACGUAUUUUAUAAACUUAAUUUAUUGGAGUGUUUAAUCUUUUUUCACUAUUGAGGAGAUUGAUGGACUCAACAUUAAACAACUUAAACACCAUACAGACUAUUACGAAUAUAAAGAUUUUAGACCGGUAAUAAAUAAAUUUAAAAAAAAGUCACAACAACAAAGUUACUGUUGUUAAGAAGAUUUAAUAUUACCUAUGGUUGAGCAAUACAAGACUAUCGAGUGAAUUACAUAAAAAAAACAAUUAAUAUCUUUAAUAUAUUAAACCUUAAGGGAGAUAGUGGUACAAAUGCAAAUUUUUCACAAAUUGAGUUAUCAACACGAGAAAAUGUGCUAAUGUCACUGUCACUUAAAAUCAUAAACGUCAAAGUUCAAAGUAAACAAGAUAUUAGCGACAUGCCAUGUUGUUUGUCCUUGUUUAACUUAUGGUUUCUAUGGACAAACGGCUUAAUUUUGCGAUACUAGUUCCUGUGAGUUAAAAAGAGACCUAGUAUACAAAGUAAUUCGUGAAUAAUUUCAUGCAUGGGAAAAGUUAGAAAGGAAGAACUAUAGUCAUCGCAUCUUUUAUGCUAGCCGAGCUCAGUCUCUCAGGUUGGAAGUACGUAUUGUCUUAAUCAAAAAUAUGAACAAUGAAGAUCUAAAUUAUAGCAAAUAAAACAAGUUAACUAAUCAUGUUUCUCUUGGUCAACCAAUCGAAAACUAGUUCUGUGAUGUAGCCCUUUUUAGGGAUUUUAAAUAUAUACCUUUUAUAAAGGAUUUUAUUGGUUUUUGUAUUAUAUGGUAUACAGCCAACUACAGGAAAACUUUUUCCUUGUGGAUUGGUUAUUUUUCUUUAAAGAUAGAAAAAAAAGAUGUACCUAUUAAAUGAUGAGUCAAUCUUUGUCGAAAGCUAACAAUUUAGAUUAUACUUGCAUUGUGUCGUUUUGUAUUUGGCUUCUUGAGGUCGGUUCACUAAUGGUUCUGCGAGUGACUCUGGGCUCCGAUGUUGUUGGCCACCAGGUCGAUUGCAGUUGGUAGGUGCUGCUGAGUUGAUGCAUUGUAGUGGCAUCUUGGUGGCAUCGCCGGCGAUGGAGGAGGCUUCAAGGAGUUCCCCCGAAAGAAAAAAAGGUUACUUUAUAUUGUCAAAAAAAAACCUACAAUACAAGCUGUGUAUUACUGACAUUGAGUUACUAGUACACUUUAGCAGACCAAAAAUAAGCAUUUUUCAAGAUUUUUUUUCUCAGAACCUUUAUUAAAAAUUAACAUAAAACUUUUUACAUAUUAAUAUCUAACUCUUAGAGAAUACAAAAAAUAUAUCUUAUUUCAUUUAUGCACGUACACUAAUAUUGUAGGGGGCGCCAAAAUCGCGGCCUCGAAAAAAAGUAGUUCCGAUGACGGACUAUCAGUCCGAAAGAAUCUCAGGAUUAGGAUCUCUGAAACAAAAAAAUCGUACGGAAUUUGAAAAAGGAAAAUUUCUUACGUGACAAGUUACCACCGUUAGUGAAAAAUUCCGCAAAAAAAAGAUUUAAUAGAAAUUUGAAAAAAAAAUGUAAAAAAAUCGCUUGUUUUUCUUCAGUUUUUCAUGGUUAAAAAAUAUUUAUUUUUUAUUUUUUGGUCAAAUUGUGGUAUAUUGUCACGUAAGAAACCUUCCUUUUUCAAAUGCAGUACCAUUUUUUUGUUUCAGAUAUCCCAAUCCUGAGAUAACUGUCCGCCAUCAUUUUUCGAGGCCUCAAAUUUUGCGGCCUCUACAAUAUUAGUGUAUGUGCCUAAAUGAAAAAUUAUAUAUUUUUUGUACUCUCUAAGAGUUAGAUAUUAAUAUGUAAAAAGUUAUAUGUUCAUUUUUAAUAAAGGUUUUGAGAAAAAAAUGAUUAUUUUUGGUCUUCUAAAGUGUACUAGUACCUUAAGAAGCAUUGAAAAGCUCAUUGGCAUUCUUCCAAAUAUAAUCAAAAAAUUAGCAGAUGGCAAGUAUCCAGUAAAUAGAAUAAUUACCAUUAAGUAGGUAAAUUUUGUAUGAUUCUUACAUGCAUAUAAGUCCUAAAUUAUAAAAUCGAAGAUUCAAAAACGUGGUUUUGGAGUGAAGUUAAAAAAAAAUUAACGAUUGAAAAGCACUUUAUCAGAAUAGGUAGCCCAGCAGUAUAAUGUGUACUCACCACAAAAUGGACGUCGUUGAAAAAUAAAUGAAAUUACCAGGCUAGACGGGGCCUUAAGUAGUCACAAAAAUUAUAUAAAAAGCAUCCAUGCUGAGAGGGACUGACUUUGACAGAAUCGAUGGGGGCUUGACACUGACAUAGAGUGUGUCCGAAGCAUGGAACAUAGAACAUAAAUAAAAAAUUUUGUUGAUUAAAAUCUUUUAUAAAAGGUAUAUAAUUUAUUAAAAAUUCCCCUAAAGGAUUACGUCACGUAUACAGAACGUUUUCGAUCUAAUACAUCGUCAGUGCUGAACAGGAUGUUUACAUGCUAAGCCAUCAAAAUUGAAAAUAUAUGGGUAAGGACCCUUUAAAAUGGUACAGUAAUGGAAGCAUUGACAUAAAUUGUUUUAAAUAACAUGGAUGUUUUAAAUAAUCCUAGAUUUAGCACCGGGCAUCAUUUGAUCCCUCACAUGGGUUGGACGUGUCCUGGGGUUCAGCUACCUCACAUCUUGAAAGGUCGAAUUGCCAUCGAAGCAGUACAUUAAAAUAUUAAUUUCUUAUAAAAUUUGACGUAUCGUAUGGUAUGUAUCUAUAUAUGAUAAUUUUCUAAUAGAUUUUAGUAUACUAGAUGUGACAAUAAAAAUUCGAAAGUGCCUAUAUUUAUUUACAGUUCUAGCUUUUAAAUUUAAUAUAUAUUUCGUGCAUCAAAGGAUUAAUAAAUGGCUAUUAAAGAAGAAAAUAAUGGUAUCAAAUAGUUAUAGCCUAAGAGGCUUAUUCAAUGUGUCUUUAAAUCACACUCGUAAUUUAGAUUUUAUUUUGUCUGUAUACAUAAUAUUUGCUUUUAGAGAAUGUUGAACUUUUUAUAUGAAAAAUGACGAAUAUAUUUUUAACGUUAUCAAUACUUGUUUUAUUAUGCUGCAUUUUAUAAUUAAUUAUGUACAUAUUUUGUUUAAAAUUGGAAAUUUUUGGGUGAAUAUCAUCAACUUCUUAUAUAUUUACGUGAUAUGUAGUACGGUUUGUAAGCAAGAAUAAUACGAAACUGAUAGCUAUGCACAUUAACAAAAAGUAUGUAAAAAUAAAUUGUAAUAAAUAUAUUGCUAAAUAUGACAAUUCAACGAAAGCUGUUUUUAUCAUUUUUUGGUUAUAUUUAUAUUAUUGUAGUGAUUAAUACUAUUAACUAUUUUUGUAAACGUAGUUAGUCUUCCAUACGAAAAAUUGACCAAAAGUAAUAAUGCUCUUUUUUUACUCUGUAAACUUUGCUUGUAAAGUUUUCGCAGCGAUGGGCAGUGCAGUUGUAUAGCAAAUUACUUAGGCUAUUCCGGUAGGUACUUAGCCUCUCCGGUCGAUGUCGCCACUAUCUAGUAUCGUGUAAUACGUUCUUGCGGAAUUUUCAUUUAGACGGCCUAUGUCAAAAUAUGAGCCGAAUGGAACUUGUAGUUUUGUUUUGACCGUGUGUGGAAGCGGGCGUAUGUGGCGAUUGUAGAAAAAUGCAAAAAGAGCAAUAUCAGUCGGUGAUUCCAUUCUUGUUUUUGGAAGGAAAAUCGUGCCGCGAAAUCUAAAAGAGCUUGAAUGCUGUGUGCGGUAUCUUCCCCUUCAAUGACAACCAUCAAUAAUUGGUUUAAAAAGUUUCAAAGUGAUCGCACAUCGUUUUUUGAUAUGUCAUGCCCAGAUGCCCUGAAAACAGCUUCCACGGAGGAUAUCGUGAAUAAAAUCCACGAUCUCGUGUUGGCAGACAGCUGACUGAAGGUGCGCGAGAUAGCUGAGACAGUAGGCAUCUCAAAAAGUGGCGUAGAUCAUAGCAUGCAUGAAAUAUGAGGUGUGUGAAAUUAGCGCAACCAUGAGACCACUUCAAUGCAGUGUCUGAGCCUGUUUAAGCGUAAUACGAAGGAUUCCUAUGUUGUUUCAUAACCGUCGACAAAACAUGGAUCCACUGGUACAUACCAGAGACCAAUGAACAGUCGAUGCAGUGGACGUCACCCCGCGAACGUACUCAGGACAAGGCGAAAAGUGUUCUAUCGACCGGAAGGCCGUGGUGGCCUUAUUUUCUGGGAUUUAUAAGGCGUGAUCUAUAUCAACUUCCUGUAAAAGGGAAAAACGGUCACAAGGCUUUACUACACCGCCUUAUUAAGCAUAUAGACGCCGAAUUUCAGAAAACAGCCCCGAUUCGAAAGAGAAAACGUGCUCUUCCACCAUGACAAUGAACCGGCUCGCAUCUGGUCAAAUUGAUCGAAUCGAACUGCUGUUCUGUUCACCGUAUUCUCCAGAUUUGACCCUGUACGACUUCUUUUUGUUUCCAAACUUGAGAAAGUCAAUCGCCGGGCAGAAAUUUAAGUCGAAUGAGGAGUUCAUCGCCGCUACGGAAGCCUAAUUUGUAGACCUCGAGCAAACGUAUUUCAGACGAGUUAAAAAAAGUCGGAGCAGAGCUGAGUCAACUACAUCGAGCUAAAAGGAGACUAUAUACGUUCAGAAAUAAAUCACCACUUUUCCAAAAUUUUCGUUUUUCUUUUGUAGCUUAAGUACUUAUCGAACCGCUCUAGUAAUAAUUUAGAUUACAAAACUGCAGUAUUUACUACCACAUAGAGCAAUAAUAGAUAACACGAAUACACAUUUUGGCUACUCUAAAACUCUACCCAACAUGAAUAGUCAAACAAAAAACAAAGACAGACUCAGAAAAUAGUAACACGCGUGUUACAUUCUGACAAGAAAAAUACUGUGCUAAAUACAAUGCUUUUCAUAUCAGAUGAUUCUUCAAUGUGCCCCGUAAGACAGCCGUGUCGUACACGUCCCCAUCGUAAGAUCAAUUGAGCUUACAAGGGCACUUUGAAGAAUCGUCUGAUAUGACGUCCACGUCCCAUUGUAAGAUAAAUCAUCCUUUAUUCUAAAAGAGUAGGAUUACAUUUCUGCUCAAAGUAAAAGACAAUUUUAAAAAGCAUGUAGACAAAAUGGUUCAGCUAAGAUAGCUUUUUCGACAGUAAUGAAGCCAUGUAGUGAAAAUAUCAUAAUACUACAAAUAUUUCGUGUUUAUUGUUGGUCAACAAAUAUUGUACAUUUAGUAUAUUUAUGAUAAAAGUUAUUUUUAUAUUUUCUGUGUAUUUUAUCAAUAUUGAUAAUCAUUAGCCUUCAACUAAAUAGAAAACAAACAAUGAUACGUUUAUUUGUGGCUAAAUUAAGCUAAUAACCAUUUGGAAGAGGAAAAUAAGUUCAGUAUUAUUACGUUAACAAACAAAAAUAUUUAUAUUCAUUAAGUAUUUUAUUUUGUACACAGUUAUGUCAUGUUCUUUAAUUAAAAGUACAUACCAUAGUUUAUACAGCUGUUUCUAGUCUUUAUUUUUGUUUUAUAACAGAAUUACAAAUGAAUUUUAUUUAUAAUACUAAUUAGAUACUUAAAUUUUCAUGUCUGGUAUUUCUAUGUAUGUUUAGCAACGAUCAAUACAUGGUGGCAGCAGAUCUUUAGCGGUAUAAAUUGUCGGUGCAAAGAAAAUAAUUCAUGAAAGAUGAAGGGAAUUUUAGGUCUUGCCAAUUUUAUUUUAUUAAUUUGUUGAAAACCAAAACGAUCUAGCUAUACCAGGCACAAAAUUUAAGUAGAUACUAGGAAUGUUUCAUUGCCAUAAUCAUAAGGUCAUUAUUGGUAUGAUAUUGUAUCUGAACAUAACAUAUAAUAUAUAUUGUUUUAUGAAUUAAUAUAAGUUUUUCAUCAUGAGAUCAACAAUUUCAAUUGUGAAAAGGUAAUGGAAAUAAUAGUAUUUCAUAUACAUUUAUUUAGAGGUCUGUUCUUCUGUUCAUGUUCAUUUACAUAUUUAUGAUUUAAUUUUUGUAUACGAAUACAAGAGUGUGUAGGUACUGUAGGUACCAAAAUAAGAGUCUAACAGUGAUGAACAAAUUAAAUAUUUUGUCAAUACUUAAUGUCAAUACUUAAUUGUCAAAGGAAAUUAAAGAACGAUGUACCACAAAAAUGUGACGAUUUUUUAGAACGGAUUAUACAGUUUAUUAUCAGUACAGUACAGUAGAACCCCGAUAAGUCGGCCUUCGAUAACCAGGAAGUCCGGCUAACCCGGACCGAUUUUCAUCAGACAAAACAAACAUUUUUUCAGUUUGACUGAGUUUUUUAUCAAGAAAUAGAAAAUACCGUGUACAACUGUACGUAUUUUAGAUGUAUUGUGCAUGUGCAUAUUAUGUAUUUCAUGUUUUUGAAUUUAUAAUCGAGUUUAUCUGUAAGUAUGCCAUAUUUUAUUAAUUUUUACCAUAUUCUCCGGCUAACCCGGAUUUUCGAUAACCCGGAUCGGCCGCGGUCCCGCUUAAAUCCGACUUAUCGAGGUUCCACUGUAAUAAUUUCAAGAAAUUGGCUGACUCUACAUUUAUAACACUGCCAAAAAACCAAACGCAAAAGAAUGCCAAGACCACCGAACAAUAAGUUCGCAUCAUGCGCUCAAAAUAUUUUCAAAAAUUAUACACCAGAAAAUACUCGACAAACUUGAGCAAGACAUUAGCGACACACAAUUUGGAUUUAGAAAUGUAUACUGUGGGGGAGAAUUUACAACAAAUAGUUGACAGGGUGGUAGAAUUCAGUGUUGAAAAAAGAUUAUCCCCAAACACAAAAAUACGUGCAAAAUUUAUGGUUAUUACAAAAGCCCAACAGCGCCAAGAAAACCUUCAUUUUCAAAAAUGAAAAUAUCUAAGAACAAUCAUUAAUAAAAAUAAUAAGUACACAGGGGAGAUUAAAGGAAUCAUAGAACAGGCAAGAAAUGCUUUCAAAAGGUCGAAAAGUAUUCUGUAGCAGGAACAUUACAAUUCCUUUCAAGGUAAGACUACAGAUUUGCUAGUGUUUCUCAUAUUUUUUGUGGCUUGGAUGUUAAAGAAAAUGAUUUCAGACAGAUUGGAAGCCUUCGAAAUUUAUACUAUAUUACGAAUAAGUUGGGUCGAUAGAGUCAGAAAAAGUCACGUUUUAAAAAGAAUGGGAAAAGAGAAAGAGGUUUUAAAUACGGUUAAAAUUAGACAAUUUGUAACAUGUUUUAUCCGUAAAUUUCACCAUUUAAAUUAACACUCAGGAUUCUUUCAUAUUUUUUAUAUAUAUAUAUAUAUAUAUAUAUAUAUAUAUAUAUAUAUAUAUAUAUAUAUAUAUAAUGUUUUCAGAAUUGCUUGGUUUUCGUAUAUUUUUGGAUUAUUUUGUUAAUUUACUACGUUAUUGGAAGAGAUCAACUAGCGUAAGAAACAUACAAAAAAAAUGUUUCAAAAAAGGAAUUAACAUACUGUAGUCCGUGUAGUAUUAUUAACAAUAACUGUUCUUUUCUUGUCAAUUUUGCCUGUGAAAUACUUUACUUGUGAUUUAGUUUUAAAACAUUUGUAACAAAGCUUUUGCAUAUUUUAACUCAUAGAUAAAUAUUGACAAAUUAAUUUUAAAUGGUAGUAAAAUCCGCCCAGAUCUUGUCUUUUAUCAUAUAUUUUUGUUACUAUAAUAUGAAGUACUUAGUCUUUAUGAAUGAAAAGUACGUUUAUGAGAUAUUGAGUUUAGGCACAUAGAAUGCAAUGAAGAGAAAUUGUUUUACGAUUUUCUUGGGAAUACACGUAUUUGCAUUAAAAAAAUGUAAUGAAAUCUUUACCGUCGAUUCAGAAAAAUACUUAAUUCCAUCCUUUAAAAAAUACGGAAAGGAACUGUUUUACCGAGUAUGCCUAAACUUAAUAUGUCCCAGUUUUAUAUUUAAAAUAUGUUUAAAUUAGUAUUUAUAUUCCUUAACACCUCGUAUUUAUGAAGUAUCAGAAUUUAUACAUUACAAAUGUAUCAAAUACUGCUCAAUAAAUUAAUUUUCCUUAAAUAA